AUGCCUUACGACUGCUGCCUGUCCAGCUUCAGCUGCCGUACCAGCUGUUGUUCCAGGCCCUGCCUGCCUCCCAGCUGCCAUGGCUGCACCCUCCCUGGAGCUUGUGAUAUCCCUGCCAAUGUGAGCACCUGUGGCUGGUUCUGUGAAGGAUCCUUCAAUGGCAAGGAGAAGGAGACCAUGCAGUUCCUUAAUGACCGCCUGGCCAGCUACCUGGAGAAGGUGCGGCAGCUGGAGAGGGAGAAUGCCGAGCUGGAGGGUAGGAUCCGAGAGUGGUGCCAAGAGCAAGUGCCCUAUGUGUGCCCAGACUACCAGUGCUACUUCAAGACCAUUGAGGAGCUUCAGCAGAAGAUCCUGUGCACCAAGUCUGAGAACACCAGGCUAGUGGUAUGCAUUGACAAUGCCAAGCUAGCCUCUGAUGACUUCCGAACCAAGUAUGAGACUGAGCUGUCCCUGCGCCAGCUGGUGGAGGCUGAUAUCAACAGCCUGCGCAGAAUCCUGGACAAUCUGACCCUGUGCAAGUCUGACCUGGAGGCCCAAGUGGAAUCCCUUAGGGAAGAGCUUGUUUGCCUGAAGAAGAACCAUGAGGAGGAGGUCAACUCUCUGCGUUGCCAGCUUGGUGAUAGACUCAAUGUGGAGGUGGAUGCUGCCCCAACUGUGGACCUGAACAGGAUACUGAAUGAGACUCGGGCUGAGUAUGAGGCUGUGGUGGAGAAUAACCGCAGAGAUGUGGAGGAAUGGUUCACCACUCAGACAGAAGAACUGAACAAGCAGGUGGUGUCUACCUCUGAACAGCUGCAGAACUACCAGGCCGAGAUUAUCGAGUUGAAACGCACUGUUAAUGCCCUGGAGAUUGAGCUGCAGGCCCAGCACACCCUGAGAGAUUCUCUGGAAAAUACAUUGACCGAGUCCGAGGCCCGUUACAGCUCCCAGCUGUCCCAGCUACAGUGUAUGGUUACCAAUGUGGAGUCCCAGCUGGCUGAGAUCCGUGGUGACCUGGAUAGACAGAACCAAGAAUACCAGGUUCUCCUGGAUGUUAGGUCUCGGCUAGAGUGUGAGAUUGACACAUACCGUAAUCUCCUGGAGUGUGAGGAUUGCAAGCUACCCUGCAAUCCAUGUGCCACUACCAAUGCCUGUGGCAACUCCUGUGGGUCCUGUGGCAACUCCUGUGGACCCUGUGGCAACUCCUGUGGACCCUGUGGCAACUCCUGUGGACCCUGUGGCAGGUCUUGUUCCCGCACCUGUUGA